ACAGCCGGGAUGGAGUGAGGAGCGGGGAACAGGAAGACACGGAGGUGAUAAGUUCUGAGGUCGCUUAAGAAGAAAGGCUGGGCCGGGGAAGGGGAGUCCAGGGGCGGUCCAGGCGUGGUGGUGUAUGGCCGAGCAGGGAUCCAGGGCCAGGUGGAGCGAAGGCUGGGCUGGGGGUUCAGUACGCAAUGAGCAGGUGGAGCCGGCAUCUGACGCUGGUGUUGUAAAGAGAAGCAGGACCCAGCUGGGGGCAUAUCAGGCGAGCCGGGUCGGUACAAGUUUAGGGCAGGCGGAGGAGGAGAGAGCUCAAAGAGGGGACCCCCCAGAGAGGCCAUAGAGCAAGUCAGGGCAGUGCCCCCCAUGGGGGAAGCCCCUUCCUGGGGCCAGCGGAGCCAUGCUGUCCCGAAAGGGCAUUAUCCCCGAGGAGUAUGUGCUGACCCGGCUGGCGGAGGACCCUACAGAGCCCAGGUACCGUGCUCGGGAGAGGAGGGCCCGCUUCGUGUCCAAGAAAGGCAACUGCAACGUCGCCCACAAGAACAUUCGAGAGCAGGGCCGCUUCCUGCAGGAUGUGUUCACCACGCUGGUGGACCUCAAGUGGCCCCACACGCUGCUUAUUUUCACCAUGUCCUUCCUGUGCAGCUGGCUGCUCUUCGCCAUGGUCUGGUGGCUCAUCGCCUUCUCCCACGGUGACCUGGCCCCCGGAGAGGGCACCGCCGUGCCCUGCGUCACAAGCAUUCACUCCUUCUCGUCCGCCUUCCUCUUCUCCAUCGAGGUCCAGGUGACCAUUGGUUUCGGCGGGCGCAUGGUGACGGAAGAAUGUCCCCUGGCCAUCCUCAUUCUCAUCGUGCAGAACAUCGUAGGGCUGAUGAUCAAUGCCAUCAUGCUGGGCUGCAUCUUCAUGAAGACGGCCCAGGCGCAUCGCAGGGCGGAAACCCUCAUCUUCAGCAAACAUGCCGUGAUCACCCUGCGCCACGGCCGCCUCUGCUUCAUGCUUCGGGUGGGGGACCUCCGCAAAAGCAUGAUCAUCAGCGCCACCAUCCACAUGCAGGUGGUGCGCAAGACCACCAGCCCCGAGGGUGAGGUCGUGCCUCUCCACCAGGUGGACAUCCCCAUGGAGAACGGCGUGGGUGGCAACAGCAUCUUCCUGGUGGCCCCGCUCAUCAUCUGCCACGUCAUCGACUCCAACAGCCCUCUCUACGACCUGGCUCCCAGUGACCUGCACCACCACCAAGACCUGGAGAUCAUUGUCAUCCUGGAAGGCGUGGUAGAAACCACAGGCAUUACCACCCAGGCCCGCACCUCCUACCUAGCUGACGAGAUUCUAUGGGGGCAGCGCUUUGUCCCCAUUGUGGCCGAGGAGGACGGCCGAUAUUCUGUGGACUACUCCAAAUUUGGUAACACCGUUAAAGUGCCCACACCACUCUGCACAGCCCGCCAGCUUGACGAGGACCGCAGCCUGCUGGACGCCCUGACCCUCGCCUCUACGCGGGGGCCCCUGCGCAAGCGCAGUGUAGCUGUGGCGAAGGCCAAGCCCAAGUUUAGCAUCUCUCCGGAUUCCCUGUCCUGAGCUGCGGUCCCUCGGGCCCCCACUUACUUAUGUGGGCGCACGGAGAGUAAAGUGUGGUAUGUAGAGUGGACGGGGUGUGAGCCCGUUGGCCAGGUGGGGGUCCGGUGUGAGACCAAACCCUCCACGGCUCAGCCUCGCUGCCCGGGGUGUUACAAGGCACUUGUCACUAUGCUAUUUCUGGCCACAGCAGGAGCCUGUACCGGGUUAUUUUUGUUCCUGCUCCUCCCAGGCCCGGCUUGGGACCGGCUUACCCCUGUCUCUCUGCCCAGCGUUGGGGAGACUGUAGGAGGUGCAGGGCUCCCAGAGCUAAGACCCUGGCCCUUCAUCCUGCCACAAGCAGACAGAUAGCUGGGGGAGAGCAGCCCCCAAGUUGGGCACCUACUGCUGUUUCCGUAGCUGCUAAGAAAUACCUGGCCAGGCCUACUCAUGCCCUGUAAAAGGGAUAGCUUAAGGCUCCAGCCAGCCAGAGGAGGAGGUGGGUGUCAGAGCAUGGGAGCCAGGGGCCCACUCAGACAGGCCAGGGUGCCUUUGCCUAGGCUCCCCUCCAUAGGGCAGACUUGUGCCCAGAGAGGGGGCAAGGCAGGAGUUAAAUGGCUGGAGACCCCGUGUCCCUGUCCUCCUGCCUCAUUUCCCUGAGGCUGGGAAGUGGGGUGCUGGGCAAACACUGGCAGGCCUGGCUGAGAGGCAGAGAAGGGUCCUGCGCCUGCCAUACAAGACGCACUUCAGGCAGAACUCUGUUCCCGACUCUCCAUGGGUAGCCGUGAGUCACUUUGUCUGGAGGAUGUUGGUGGGUAGGUGUGGCUUGUCUCAGUUGCUAGAAAAAGAAACACUGGAAAGUUCAGGGGUGAGGGAAGGGGUCCUCCAGGCAGAGGCCCUUGGGCUUCACCUGAGCCGGGAUUCUCAGAGCAGUGCCAUGUGUCCUUCCCAGAAUUCCACUGCCCCAUUGUCAAUAAAGCCCUCCCGUCUGUGACCUGAACUCUGGGCUUUUCUUGUGGUGAGGCAGUGGGCACGCUGAUGGAAAAAGAAGAGGGUGUUGCCAGCAUCUGCCACCCGACAUGGCCCUGUCAGGGAGGCCAGGAAAGCUGGCUCUCCUUCCCUGGCCUCAGGAGGACUAUACCCCCCCCCCACCAACCAGCGCUCAGUCUGGCUAUCUUAGCCAUUUGACCUCCACCAGACAUCAUGGGCGAAAAGGGCCUGGCCUCCCUCCUGAGACUCAGUUGCAAGGUGGAGGAACCCAUGGGAAGGAGGGGCAGGGAGUUCUGGGCUCCAAUCGGGGUAUUGUUUGGCUCAAAUCCUGGGUGCAGGCGUGCGGCUCUGACUCAGUUGUCUCGUCCGUGUUAAUAGUCCCUACCUCAUCGAGUUGACUCGGGAGCAGGUGAAAGCACAUGUAACACGCUUCAGAAGUGCCUGGUCUAUAACAAGUCCUCAAUAAAUGCUAACUGUUGUGGUGGCUGCUGAA